CUUGAACAAUGAUAUAUAUAUAUAUAUGUGUGUGUGAACAAUAGGCUACAUAUAGGGUCAGGGUAUAUUCUACCCAACAUAUUUAUUAACGGCUCUUGUGUGGUUGUUCUCGGAAUGUUUGUAUGCAACUCUUUUUAAACGAUGAAACGAGUGUUUUAUGGGUUUUCAUUCAAUGUACUCGAAACAUACAACAUUAGAUAGAGAAACAGGACGACCUUUUUUCAUAGGAGAAGACAAAUACGGAAAAGAACGAAGAGGAAUUGAUUAGCCCAUUUUGAUGACCGAAAGAUAAUCUCCUACAAUGGUCUGCACCCGCCACCUCCUGCUUAAUAUUUUCCUGAUUUUGCUUGGUAUUGCCGCACUGAGCAUUUGCUUUAUGCAAAAUGGAGUGUUGAAAAGCAUGAAAAGUUUACUAGAAUCACGGUUCAGCCCUGACCCAGACAUAGUUUUCCAUACACCAAACAUCAAACCAUUUCUCAGUACAAAUCGUUCAUCGUGUCCAAGGAAAGACGGUGCACCUACUAAAAGACAUGUACCACAAAGUCAGCUGGAUGGCAUUCUUAAAAGAAGAGCAGAGGAGUACAGGCAACACCAGCUCAGGACGAGAACAUCCUUUAACAGUCUUAUUGUUGCACCAGCCAACUCUCCUCUCCAAUAUCCAACCACAGGUUUUACUGUAUCUCCUCUCACAAAAUCUGUGAUACCAGGUCUUGCUCUUCAUGCACAAAAGAGGAAGGAGUAUCAGGUGUUCCUGCAUGUGAAUGGAGGAGUGCUCUCCGUGGAGAACAAUCUAGAUGAUGACAAGGUGGAAGGACAGGGUCAGAGUGAAUUGAAUAUCUCAGCCACCAGUCUCUCACGCAUCAAUUAUCUUCUGAGCAGAGUGACCUACACUGGCACUACUUACCACAUCAGAUCAUCAGACCUGGUUCAUUUCUCUUUUGAGAACUAUGAGGCCACAUUUCCUAUCAUGAUUAGGAGACCUACAGUCCCUGUUCUGUACGACCCAGGAACAGAUGUUAACUCAAAAGUUACCAUAACAACCAAGACCUUUCUGAGGUAUGUGGAGUUGCAAGUCCUCAUUGACAGCAUUCGGAAGUUUUACCCAAAAAUCAAGAUCAUCAUUGCAGACGACAGCCUGAAGCCAAAAAGUGUGAUUGGUGAAAACAUAGAACAAUACAUAAUGCCUCCUGCACAGGGCUGGUUUGCGGGCAGGAAUCUGGCUGUAUCACAAGUCAGCACCAAAUACUUCUUGUGGGUGGACGAUGACUUUCUAUUCCUGAAUAAGACACGGAUCGAGAGCUUUGUGGAGAUUAUGGAAGCGAUUCCAGAACUUGAUAUUGUUGGUGGUGCGGUAUCAGGUAAUCAGUAUUAUUUCAAAUUUGAGUAUGACGAGGGAGAUGAACAGGAUGGCGGCUGCCUAAAGCGCAUCAAGAAUGGGUAUCAUCAGCCACUUGCAGGCUUUGAUGGCUGCUUUUUGGUUGAUGGAGUUGUCAAUUAUUUCUUGGCUCGGACGGAUGCAGUGAGAAGGGUUGGCUUUGACCCUUUCCUGAAACGGGUGGCUCACUCUGAGUUCUUCAUGGAUGGACUUGGACAGUUGAUGGUUGCCUCCUGUCAAGGCCUCUCCAUUGGCCACCAGAAACAUCGGGCACGGGGGAAAUAUUAUUCCUACAGGACUCAGAAGAAAUCUGAUGGAAGGAAUAAACUUAAUCAUCAUUUCUUCAAGAACUAUCUGAAAUAUAUCAAGUACUGAAGGCCUUUUGUCCCCUCCUUUGUCUUCUGUCCUACUGAAAGUCUUUUGUCUACUCUUAACAAUCUCCUACUCUCAUUUACAAAAUGCUUAGGAAAUGUUGUUUAAAAAAUGUAGAGGUUACCAGCCUUAUUUUUAAAUGAAUAUUACUAACUGCUAUAUUCCUAACUGCUAAAAUAAUAUUCUGAUUAGUGAAAGUCAUCCUCACAGUUUGUAGUUAAGAAUAUUUCUUAUAAGACAUUGCACAAGCCAAGCCCAGGAUGAGGGCUGAUAUGUACUGUACCGUUUUUACAGCAGUUUUACUUUUUUAUACAAAAGAUUUCUUGCAAACUAUAUUUUCUCUUUGAUGUCACACAAGCAUGAAUAAUAAUAAUAAAGAAUUAAACAGUAAGAAUCCAGAAUUAGUCAUUAGUGUAGGCUCUAUUCAGUAAUAAGU